AUGGCACUAAAGCAGAAAAUUAGGAUUAAACUUGGGUCAUAUUGGGUGCGAUUGAUAGAGGGCUCAUGCAAGCAAAUAACGGAUGCCGCAAGGACUCCCAGUGCAAAGACCAUGGGUCCUGUGCCGUUACCAAUCAAGAAGCGAAUUUAUUGUGUACUUAGAUCUUCACAUGUCCACAAAGAUGCCAGGUUCCAUUUUGAGAUCAGAACGCAUCAGCGCCUCAUUGAUAUUCUAUACCCGACUGCCCAAAUGAUUGAUUCCUUGAUGCAGCUUGACCUUCCUGCCGAGGUUGAUGUGGAAGUCAAUCUCAGAGAAAGCAUUGCUGCACCUUUGAUGAGCACU